AUGGCAGCCGGUUUGAUCCUGCCAGCCGCCGUCGGGGCGGGGCCUCUCAAUCCGAAAGUCGUAUCGGCCGACGCGAAGUGGGUCGCUCACGUCGAUUUCGCCGCCUUGAACGACACGAAGGCCGUGCGCGAGGUCCGCGACAUUUGGCCCAAGAAGACCGAGAAGGCCCGCGAAUGGAUGCAGGAAAACUACGGCAUCGACACACGGGAGGACUUCGAGAGCGCCACGGCCUACGGCAGCAGUUACGGCAAAGGCGACUGCGUCGUCGUCCUGAAGUCCGACUACAGCGAGGACAAGGCGUCCAAGAUGAAGUCGAAGCACCAUAAGGCGGAUUCGAACGACGAGAAGAAGGACGCUUCGUCCAGCGAUUACAAAUCCGACAGCAAGUGGGGGGAUAAGUCCGACCGUGUCGCUUGGGUGCUGGUCGACGAUGAAACGAUCGUCUAUUCCAAAUCGGUGCGGAGCCUCAAGGACGCCGUCGAAACGCUCGAAGGCCAUGCCGAAUCGCUCGAAGGUAAAGAGUCGGAGCUGACCGCCGACAUCCCCGAUAACGCUGUCGUGUACGCCGCAGCGGUUGAACUCGAUUCGAUCUCGCACGAAGGGGCCAUGUUCCCGCUGCUCCGGCAGCACAAGCGGGCCUGCUACGCCCUCGGCGAGAAGGAUGGCGAGCUGUUCGAUGAAUUGAAGCUCGUCGCCCGCAACGAGAAGGUCGCCGAGAAAAUGGAGAAGGUCGUCGAAGGUUACGCGGCCGCGAUGAAAGUGAUGUUCAUCGACUCCGAGCCGAUGAGCAAGAUGCUUGAGAACGUGGAGAUCGAACAGGACAACGCGACCGUCAAGACGUGCUGGAACGGCGAUGUCGAUCGCUUCGCCGAGGCGUUGAAGGACUGCAAGAAGAAUAUGAAGCGUUGA